UAUCGUGCACUACCCACCCAGGUCAACGACCUUCUAAAGCUCUCUCAGACCCAUCUGCUGUGCUGUUCCACGCCGCAGCCUCGACAACUGCAUCACCAAUCGGACCUUAGCUGCAUCCAAGAUGGUUAGCAAGCGAAAGAGAGUCCUCGAGGACUUCGACCCGAACAAGUCGGACUCCGAGGACGAGAACUUCGACCCCACAGUGGAAAGACCACGCAAGAGCUCCAAGAAGGCACGCCCCUCGAGAGCUGGAAAUCCAAGCCGCAAGCGAGCCCACCGUUAUCGAGGAUCCGAUAUUGACGACGACGAAGAAGAGCUUUCCGAUAGCCAGGAGGAAGAUUUCGGGGAGGACUUCGAUGACGAUGAGGAGGACGAAGACGCGCCUGUGAACGCAGCUGGUCGUCGGGCCAGAAAGGCUGCCGUCAAACAUCAAAACUACAAGGAGAGCAGCGAAGACGAACUUGAAGAGGGUUCCAAGAGCGACUCUGAGACUCUCGAAGAACCCCCCAAGCCAACCGUGAGGCGACUUGUUAAGCUCAGAGUACCUCCGACUCCCUCGGGUGCUGUGACGCGAAGGGCAACUAGGGCGCAUACAGAAGAUGCUGAGGAAUUUGUCGAGCUGUCCAAUUCUGGCCGACACGCUGUUAUUUCGCGAGACUCGAGGAGUAGGAGCCCCGAAUCGCUCGCACGAAACACGAGGUCCUCUCGCGGUAUGAAGGGUCUCAAGAAGCCCGAGACUAUUGAAGAGGCGACACAAGAGACCAGCUCCCGAGAGAUCAAAAGCGUCGACGAGAUUGAUGAGUUAUCUCAGGACAUCGAGCUGAUUGAGAAGAAGGAGGAAGUGGAAGACCCGACAGCGCUGGAGCCGGAGAAGCAACCGGAGCAGGAUCCGGAACAAGAGGAGGAACAAGAUGCGGAGCAUGAUCAAGAGAUGAACGAUGCCGACAACGAAAAAGCGACCGGGGAUGACGCGCCAGUCGAGACUGUCGAGGACGAUGAUGACGAAGACGAUGUUCCCAUCACCCGCAGGACGCGAGGCGCGCGCGCAAGUAUUUCUGCGCCAACAGAAGACGCUGAAUCCGACGGCGGCCCCAGGAAAUCCCGCCGUCUGACUCAAAAGGCCGGCCUCAAGAAAUCGACACAGGAACCUAGUAGCGAUUUCGACCCCGGCGAUGAUUCGGAAGCCGAUGGCUCUGCAUCCGAGAAGGGUCGUGCUGACGUUCACGAAAUUGAAAGCCCUACUCCUCGAGGCCGACCGAACCAACGAGCAAGACCGACCCGGGGUUCUCGCCAAGGCGGUGAGUCCGCAGACGAAGAACCCGAUUUCGACCUCGACGAGUUGAACGAAGAGGCUCGCGAGCUUCGACAAGACUCUCGCUCACGUCGCCGACCUCGGAAAGAGUCCCCUAUCGUCUACCAAGAGAACACCCGUCGAUCACGAGCUCGUGUGAACUACUACAUGCCUCCUCUGACUUCGGUCAACAUUGAAGAUGAAGAGGAUCCGGCCCCAACACCUGCCCGGGCACGACGAGGGCGCGGCGGCGCUAGCCAAGGAUGGGAGCGUAACCUGAACACUACGUUUGGCCCAUUCGGUGGAGGCGGCGGUGCUGGCUCACUCCUCAACGGUCCUUGGGGCACCGGGGCGGCUGGAGGAGUUGACUCCGAUAGCAGUGACGAUGAAAUGGUUCACCGCUCCAACGUUGCUGGCAACAUGGGUAUGACACCGACCUCUGCAGCCCCUGGCGGGCUUCUUCCAGUUGCGCCCGGCCUGAACGCUGAGGGUGUUGGCGCCACGCCUAAUGUCGGCAAGAUCAAGGAUCGAAAGGCUUUGGCCGACGCUGACCCUCUUGGGGUUGAUAUGAACGUCGACUUCAGCCAGGUUGGUGGAUUGCAAGGCCACAUUGACCAGCUGAAGGAGAUGGUUCAGCUCCCACUGCUCUACCCGGAACUCUUCACUCGAUUCCAUGUUACUCCGCCGCGAGGUGUCUUAUUUCAUGGCCCACCUGGUACGGGUAAGACGCUGCUCGCUCGAGCUUUGGCGAACUCAAUUGGCUCGGGCGGCAAGAAGAUCUCGUUCUACAUGCGAAAAGGAGCUGAUGCCCUGAGCAAGUGGGUCGGUGAGGCUGAGAAGCAGCUUCGAUUGCUGUUUGAAGAGGCCAGGAGAACCCAGCCCAGUAUCAUCUUUUUCGAUGAAAUUGAUGGCCUUGCACCUGUUAGAUCUAGCAAGCAGGAGCAGAUUCAUGCCUCCAUCGUCUCUACGCUGCUGGCCCUUAUGGAUGGUAUGGACGGUCGUGGUCAAGUCAUCGUCAUUGGUGCCACUAAUCGUCCAGACAACAUCGACCCGGCACUUCGUCGUCCAGGUCGUUUUGACCGAGAGUUCUACUUCCCCCUCCCUGACAUUGAUGCGCGAAAGUCAAUUCUGAACAUCCACACCGCGGACUGGGGUCUCUCCGAGCCGUUCAAAGAUUCUUUGGCUGAUAACACCAAGGGCUACGGAGGUGCUGACUUGCGAGCCCUCUGCACUGAAGCCGCUCUCAAUUCAAUUCAGCGGACGUACCCUCAGAUCUACUCCUCGACGGAGAAGCUGGUGGUCAACCCCGAAAAGAUUUCUGUUCAUGCCACAGAUUUCAUGCUCUCCAUUAAGAAGCUUAUCCCGUCUUCUGAGCGAUCGGCAACUUCGGGUGCUCGUCCUCUUCCCAGGUCCAUCGAGCCAUUGCUCCGUGCCCAAUUUGCCGAGGCCAAGCGGGCUCUGGAUGACCUUCUGCCCCGAAAGAAGAAAUUAACAGCGCUCGAGGAGGCUAUGUACGAACAAUUCGAGGAUGACGACCAUGGCUUUGGCAGAGAGCAAUUGCAUCAAGAAUUCGAGCGAUCUCGAGUGUUCCGCCCUCGGUUCGUUAUCUAUGGUGUGAGUGGAAUGGGUCAAGCAUACCUUGCCUCGGCAAUCCUGCACCAUUUCGAGGGUGUCCAUGUACAGAAUUUUGAUCUCCCUAGCUUGCUGGCGGAUGGACGGUCAAUGGAGCAGGUUAUUGUCGGCCUUUUCACGGAAGUGAGACGCCACAAGCCCAGUGUCAUCUAUAUUCCCAACAUUGAGGCCUGGUAUGCGACACUCUGCGGAACUGUUGCUUUCAUUACCUUCCAGACCAUGUUGAGGUCUAUUGCUCCCACCGAUCCGGUCCUUCUGCUUGCCACUGCGGAAUCCGACAAGUCGGAGAUCCCUAACGAACUUUUCCGCGACUUAUUUGGAUACUCGCGCAAGAGCAGGAUGGAGAUUCCCCGGCCUGAGAAGAUGAACCGGAUGGAGUACUUCGCCACGACGUUGAACUACAUCAAGAAGAAGCCCGCCGAGUUCCCAGAUCCCGAGAACCGCAAGAAGAGGGUGCUCGAGGAACUACCAGUUGCCCCCACACCGGAGCCAGCUCCUCCCACCAAGUUGGAGAUGAAGGCCCUGCAGAAGAAGGAUCACCAACUUCUCAAUGGCCUGAAGAUCCAGCUUCAGCCCAUCAUGGAUCAGAUCAACCGGAAGUAUAAGAAGUUUAGACAACCUGUCAUUCCCCAGGCCCAGAUCGACUAUCUCUUUGUCGAAUCAGACCCCAACUACGUACGACCGGAUCUUGCGGGAGACCAGCCCCGACCUUUCGAGAUUGUCAAAGAUAAGUACGACAACGACGUUUUAAGGGACACCACUACCGGGAAGUGCUACUACAACUUGGAGACGACAACAAUCGAGGAGCGCUUGUCGAACGGGUUCUACGCCCGUCCAAAGGACUUCCUGUUUGAUAUCAAGUCCCUCGCAAAGGACGCGAAGAACAUUGGGGAUAAGGAGCGAACUCUCAAAGCCAACGAACUUCUCAGCAAUGUCGAAGUUGAUGUAGCUAGUAUCGAGAACAGCACGUCGCACAUUGACUGGGAAGCCAUCUAUCGACGUCAGAUCCAGCGUGCGAAGCAAGCAACUGAGAAAGAGCGAAAGAGGAAGGCUAUGCAGUCGCUUGUGGACCGCGUCCAGUCUGAUCUUGGCGGUGGGAAUGACAGUGACUCUCAAGGCCCGGUGACUCUCGGAGAGCCAGUUCCCGGGUCGCGAACAAUGGCUCGAUUCCAGGUGAAGAGUCCACUGUCUAAUGGUCAUGGUACUUCCGGCCAGGAAUCGCAUCCCCUCAGCAAUGGUACUUCUCAUCCUUCUGGAGAAGGCGAUGUCCAGAUGAGCGGUGUUGAUGAUGAGACACUGCCCAUUUCUGAGAUGGGACCCCCGACUAAUCCUCAAGACGCCAGCAUUGCGCCAACGGCGAUGACGCAGAUUUCCCAGAAGUCUGUCGUCACUUCUUUGCCUGCGGGUGUGUCGCCGUCAGCCGUUGUAAACGAAGCCUCUACGACAAAGAGUACUGAUCCGUCCACCCAUCGUUCAUCCAACUUCAGUACACAGAUCACCAACGGAACACAUGUCGAGAACCGAGGUGGCGAUGAGGAUAAUGACGGGGAGAUUCCAGACACGUUGCCUCUGGCCAGCCAACAUACCCCCGACGAGCCAUGGAUCCAUUCUCAGGCUGGGGCUCUCACCCGAAGCAACCCGAUGCCUGGAUCGAAUCUAUCGGGCAGUCCUACUUCGUCUCAGUCCCAGGUCCAGCGGACACCGGGAGGUUCCAAGGUGCAUAUGGGCAUGGCUCAUUUGUUGAAUGAUCAACCUAUCGAUGAUAGGCAAUCGAUCCGAAAUUCUGGUUCAUCAGCAUCCGCAUCGCAGCCGCUCUCAGUUCACGGUGCAGUAGACAACUUCCUGCACGAAGUGACGGACGUCACCGGGGGUUGCACAAUUGAGCAACUGGAGCAGAUCAAUCGCGAACUGAUGGACGAAAUCUGGCGCAGCAGACAUGAGUGGAACCGAAUGAAGGUCCUUGGCGACAUCACGCGCGUAUUCAAUGACACUAUCGGGGAUAUUGAGAGCAUGCAAGGGAUGGGCCCGCUUAGCCAGCGACAGAACCUUGACAUCUAGGAGGAGAGUUCGACCAGGCAGGGCACUUCAAAUCCCGCUUCUCAAGGUGGCAAAUAUGAUGGCGGUUUGUUGAGGCACAGCAGACGAAGUCUGGGGUCUUGUAAUAUGAGCAAGGAAAGAAAGCGACGAGUCGGUGAUUGAUUGUACA